CUUUCCCUUUGUGGAUCAACAUAAACCAAUUCCAACGAAAUCUUCCCAAUUCAGGAAACUCCCUUCCUUCCCUCUCUCUUCCACAACUCAUGGAAGGCUCUUUCCUUGAACGUCUUGAUUUUGGGAAGAUGGGAUAUGGGUGCAAGCAUUACAGGAGAAGAUGCAGGAUUCGAGCUCCAUGCUGCAAUGAGGUUUACUCCUGUCGUCAUUGCCAUAACGAGGCAACGAGUGUACUUACCAACCCUUUUGAUCGACAUGAACUCGUUCGCCAGGAUGUUCAACAAGUUGUUUGUGCAGUUUGUGACACAGAGCAGCCAGUUGCUCAAGUUUGCACAAACUGUGGCGUCAGAAUGGGAGAAUAUUUCUGCAACAUUUGCAAAUUCUUCGAUGAUGAUACGGGGAAACAACAGUUUCAUUGUGAUGAUUGUGGGAUCUGCAGAGUUGGGGGUCGUGAUAAUUUUUUCCACUGCAAUAAGUGCGGGUCUUGCUAUUCAAUUGGUCUGCGCGAUAAUCAUUUGUGUGUGGAGAACUCCAUGAGACAUCACUGUCCCAUUUGUUAUGAGUACCUUUUUGACUCAUUGAAAGACACUACUGUUAUGAAAUGUGGCCACACAAUGCAUUGUGAAUGUUACCAAGAGAUGAUAAUGCGUGACAAAUACUGUUGUCCCAUAUGCUCCAAGUCAGUGAUUGACAUGACAAGGACAUGGAAGAGAAUUGAUGAAGAGAUUGAAGCAACUGUCAUGCCUGAUGAUUAUCGGCAUAGAAAGGUUUGGAUACUCUGCAAUGAUUGUAAUGAUACAACCGAAGUUUACUUCCACAUUAUUGGACAUAAAUGUAGUCAUUGCAGUUCAUAUAAUACUCGUGCUAUAGCUCCUCCUGUUCUUCCUCAGUGACCAGAUUCUUGCGGUUCUGGAGACAGAUCUUGUUACCAAAUCUUGUAGAGCCUUAUUUAAUUCAUCAUCAAGAUUAAUGAUGUAUUAUGCAAUGAAACUUCUCUUAGGUUAUUCUUCCUCCACCAUUUGGAGUGAACUAGUGGUGUUGUUAUGAGCCAUUAGGCUGAUAGAAACGUGUAUACUGUAAUAUAGGGAAAACUGUUUACCCAUCAUGAGCUACUGGUAAUUGUGUUUGCUAGAUUUGUAUUGAUAUUUCCAUUGAAUCUAUUAAACAAACUCACUGAUUUCUUCCUUG